GAAGUGAUGGUGUGAUGAUCAGAUGAGUACCUGUCUUAACAGUGUUUAUGAGCAGAACAUUGAGGGAGGAACUCACAAAACAGAAAAGGCAGUACGACGAUAAACAAAUUCAGAGGUAAGUCAGUCAAUGUUCUGGUGGGAAAUGCUCAUAAUAUAUUGAAGCAAGUACAAAACCGACAAUAAUGUACUGUAGGCUACGUGUUGUGCAAAAAGAGAAUUUCAUCAGGGAUAUAAAUAAAUCUUAACAAUGUUAGUACUUGAAUGUUGUUUGCAUUUUAAAACACUACAAUAGGCCUAUAGUUAUCAUGUUAUUAACUCACAAUGGACGUGAUAAUGAAUGUGUCUGAACGUGACUAUAAUGUGUCUGAAUCCCUAACAGAUGUCUCAGUGUUCUGUGAUUCAAGAGUACAGCCCUACAGUUUCUGCCACAUACACAACCUUCAGUCAGACUCCCACCCACGCUUCUACAACCGUGGCCUUGAACCCUGACCCAUCGACCCCGGCACCUUUUACCAAUGAUAUGCCUCAGAAGGACGGGAUUCCAUACAGCCAGUCGAUGGGGGCUCAGGGAUUGGUUAGGACUGGCAGUAACAGAAUGGCAGAGCAGAUGAUGGGAUUGUCAUACCUGUCCUACGCACCUUGCCACAACGCACCUUCCACAGAGACUGCCGGCCAACAGAGUCACAUACUGCAACAGGUAUAUGGAUACGCCGCUUGGUUUCUGUGUUCAUGAGAAUGCAUAAUGUUGCAGUUAACAUGUAGUUCAAUGUUGAAUUUUUUUAUUUUUUAUUGCAUCCAUUUUGUCUUUCUACAUUUCUAAGUUAUCUCUUCCCUCCAAACCCUCUACAUCCCUCCUCCCUGUCCUACAGGACUUUUCUCCCUUCCUCCUCCCCCUUCCUCCCGGCCCCCUGCGAAGCCCCCUGCAGAAGAGGGGCCUGACCAAGGACACCAUGGAGUAUCGACUGCGGCGGGAGAGGAACAAUAUUGCCGUGAGGAAGAGCCGAGACAAGGCCAGGCGACGCAUACAGCUCACCCACCAAAGGGCUCUGCAGCUGCAUGAGGAGAACCACCGGCUGCAGAUUCUCAUAGGGCAACUCACACAUGAAUUGGACACUCUCAAACACAUCUUGUCACAGCGUCACCUACAGCCCAGAGGUGAGAAUGCAGCCAGGGAAGAGGGCUGUUGAGUGUGUUGGGGAGCGCUGUAGAGAAUGACAGCCACUAUGUGUGGUUCUGUAUGAAAAUAUGCUCUUUUGUCACACUGGUGGAAAUUGUACAUUCCUAUACAUUGUUAUAAAACAGUUACAUAAGUGCUUUCAUCUGGGAGUAUCCCAAAAGUUGACAUAAUACAGGGUUAGUGCGUAAGUCAACAAAGGCUGUGAGUCAAAGAACACAAAGUUCCAAGUACUUUAAAAGCCUUUUGUCUUUGGUUAGAUGACACAGAUUUCAGUACACUUUCUACCUCCACUACAUUUUCUUGGAAAUUGCAUGGCAAGAAUGAUUACCCUAUCUGAUUACCCAAUACCUUUUAUGGUUUCCAAAAUAUUAAUUUAAUUAAGCACCACUAAGAAUAAGGAAGUUGUCAAGAAAUGUUAGAUAUCAGGCAAAAGUUAUGUAAUUGUACAAUUCAACAUUUCUAAAAUAAAAAUUAUUUUUAUG